UUUUAUAAUGUUUCCUUAUUCAUUAAGUAACCGUCCUUUUAUAUUGCUAGACAUUUUUCGAAGACUCGGGCUGACCAAAGUGAAGUCUAUCUUCUUUUUGCUUCUUCUUCGUCUUGAGUUGUUUUCUUCUAGAGUUCAGAUUGCGACGAUGGAUCUCCGCGAAUCGAUCAGAACCCAAACCGAAGUCGCUUUGAGCCUGACGAGGAACAUUCUUCAAACCGAAGCCAAGGACUCGAACCUGGUGUUCUCGCCUCUGUCGAUCCACGUGGUACUUGGCUUGAUCGCGGCUGGUUCUAAGGGUCCCACCCUCGAUCAGCUGCUCUCUUUCCUUAAGUCAAAAUCCAAUGACCACCUUAGCUCCUUCUCCUCCGAGCUCGUUUCCGUUGUCUUCGCCGACGGAAGCCCCGUGGGUGGUCCCCGCUUGUCUUUCGCCAACGGUGUUUGGGUCGACAAGUCACUUCCUCUCAAGCCUUCUUUCAAACAGGUUGCGGAUAAUGUCUACAAUGCUACUUCUAAUCAAGUCGAUUUCCAAACCAAGGCUGUUCAAGUGGCUGGUGAAGUGAAUUUAUGGGCUGAGAAGGAGACCAGUGGUCUUAUUAAAGAAGUUCUUCCUCCAGGAGCGGUUGAUGGUUCAACCAAGCUUAUAUUUACUAAUGCCCUUUACUUCAAAGGAGCUUGGAAUGAAACAUUUGAUGCAUCAAAAACAAAAGACUAUGACUUCCACCUUAUAAAUGGCAGCUCUGUUAAGGUGCCUUUUAUGACCAGCAAAAAGAAGCAAACUGUUAGUGCCUAUGAUGGUUUCAAGGUCCUAAGGCUUCCAUAUAAACAAGGUGGAGAUAAGCGUCGUUUCUCCAUGUAUUUCUUUCUUCCAGAUGCAAAAGAUCGUCUGCCAGCUUUGGUAGAGAAAGUAAGUUCUGAAUCUGGUUUCUUAGAACGCCAUCUUCCAUAUGAACCAGUUGAAGUGGGUGAAUUCAGGAUUCCAAGAUUCAAAAUUUCAUUUGGACUUGAAGCUUCUGUAGUUCUUAAGAGAUUAGGACUUGUAUUGCCUUUCUCUGGUGAAGGAGGUUUGACGGAGAUGGUGGAUUCACCUCUGGUUCAGAACCUGUAUGUUUCAAAUAUAUUCCAUAAGUCUUUCAUAGAAGUCAAUGAAGAAGGGACAGAAGCUGCCGCUGCUACUGCUAGUCUCAUAAAACUCAGGGGUCUGCUUGUUCAGGAAAACAUAGACUUUGUGGCUGAUCAUCCAUUCCUCUUCCUCGUCAGGGAAGAUGUGACUGGAGUUGUUCUGUUCAUUGGGCACGUCCUCAAUCCUCUUGAAAGCUUAUAAAUCUCUUAUAGCCCUUAUGUAGGAGAAACUGUCUUAGGAUAUGUAGCUCAACAAACAGAAGAUUCUGGUAAUUUCAAGUAUCUGGUUAAUGUGUUGUAUUUUGUAGAUGCUAGAGACUAGUGCCACUUGAAUGAUGUGAACUGUACUUUCUUGUAA